CAAAAUAUUACCACUAGAAGUGCAAGAGGAAAAUGUUCUUGGACCCUGCAUCAGGCAGUUUUUUCCUUCACCGUUUAUUCUUACCAGCCCCCAGUCUAAAGAAGAAAUUCAAAAAAUGAUACAAGUGCAUUAUAUAGAACAUAAAUCUUAUAGACAGACAAAAUUCUAAGAAUUCGAAGCCUCUCACCUUCUGCCACCUGAGAGACAAUCGAGUUGAACUUCCACGUUUUUUUAGGAGAAUGGAUUUGUCCAGCUUCAACAAAUUUAUGGUUCUUCUCUGGAAGAAUUUCAUAUUAAAGAGACGGCGACCCGUUGUUACAUUUGUGGAAAUCAUCCUCACGUUAUUAUUUGCUGGGACACUUUUGUUAACACGCAGAUUUAUGGUGAUACGGAUGUAUGGACCUUUCAUUUAUUCCCCUCUGUCCCUCUCGAUGGUGCCUGAAUUUUUUGGAGACUUCUUUCCUUCUAAGCCUAUGGAAUUGGCUUUUGUGCCUUUCAAAAGUGUUGUGGUGAAGAGUAUUGUUGAAACAGUGAAAAAAGAUUUACAACACAAUUUUAAAGUCAAAGGUUUUUCUUCAGAAAAAGAUUUUGAAGAUUACGUUAAGAAGGAGAAAAAUGCUAGAAAAGUGAUGGCUGCUUUUAUUUUUGACCAUGAGUUCGAAAACAGCCAUGAUCCCCUGCCACUUAAGGUCAAAUAUUAUAUGCGUCUUAGUAAUUUCCAAAGGAACAUGCAUGUGAACUUUUUACGACCUGAAGGCUGGAUGACAAAUACUCUCUAUCCAACUUCUUUUAUUCCGGGACCCAGAAAUAUAGAUGAGACAGGGGGAAGUCCAGGGUACUACACAGAGGGGUUCCUGCUGCUGCAACAUACAUUGGAUCAGGCCAUCAUGAAAUAUCAUAAUCUAGUUGCUGCAGAAAAACUGUUGAACGAAGUCACUGUUUAUGUUCAGAGAUUUCCAUACCCAAUGUAUGAUCAUGACUACUUCUUUAACUUGUUUGAUACUUACAUCCCUCUAGUGAUAUUAUUUAUCUUCUGUGUGAAUUAUCUUACCCUUGUUCAAGCCAUUGUGUGGGAAAAGGAAAACCGACUGAAGGAAUACCAGCUCAUGAUAGGACUCAGUAACUGGAUGCUCUGGGCCGCCUAUUUCUUCACAUUCCUCUCUCUGUAUGCAAUCAUCAUCCUUUUGCUAUGCAUAAUUUUCUUUGCCAAGUUGGAACCUAAGUCAGUCAUCCAGUACAGUGACCCAUCUCUUGUCUUCAUCUUUUUGCUGUGUUUUGCAAUUGCCACGAUAUUCUUUAGCUUCAUGGUUAGCACAUUCUUCAAUAAAGUAAAUUUUGCUGUUGCUAUUGGAUGUUUCCUUUUUCUUGUCACCUACUUUCCAGCUGACACUGUUUCUUCAAACUAUGCACAGAUGACUCUCUCCCAGAAGCUGGCUUCCUGUCUCAUCUCAAAUGUCGCAAUGUCACUGGGAGCUAGAUUCCUAGUCAGGGCAGAACAAGAGAAAGUUGGACUUAAAUGGAGUAACAUCUUCACACCAACCAGUAUGGACAGCUUUGUCUUUGCCUAUAUACUGGGAAUGUUUUUAUUAGAUGCUAUCUUGUAUGGCUUUGUGGCCUGGUAUAUUGAAGCUGUGUUUCCUGGAGAGUAUGGUGUGCCCAAGCCAUGGAACUUCUUCUUGCUGCGCUCUUACUGGUUUGGGGAUACACCUGCAGGAAAAAAUAAAGAAAAGGAAAUUUAUAAGAGAGUUGAAAACAAGUAUCUUGAAGUUGAACCUACUAAUUUGGUGGCAGGUAUCCAGAUCAACCAUCUGUACAAGGUAUUCCAAGUACAGAACACUACGAGAGUAGCAGUAAAGGACUUGUCUUUGAAUAUAUAUAGAGGGCAAAUCACUGUACUUCUAGGGCAUAAUGGGGCAGGAAAAUCGACUGCUAUAGCCAUUCUCUCAGGUCUCUAUCCUGCUACCAGUGGAGAGGUCUAUGUUGAUGGAUAUGACAUCUCAAAGCAGAUGAUCCAAAUUAGGAAAAACAUAGGCAUAUGUCCCCAAAAGGACUUGUUUUUUAAUUACUUGACAGUAUCGGAACACCUUUAUUUCUAUUGUGUGAUAAAAGGAGUACCUCCAAAGAAGCGUCCUACAGAAAUUGACAGUAUGCUGAGAACUUUUAACCUGCUAGAAAAGAGUAAUGAAUUUUCAAGCACACUGAGUGGAGGAAUGAAGCGCAAACUUUCCAUCAUUAUCGCACUUAUAGGGGGCGCCAAGGUGGUGAUACUUGAUGAGCCGACAUCUGGGAUGGACCCCGUCUCCAGGAGGACCACCUGGAAUCUCCUUCAGAAUUAUAAACAGGAUCGUGCCAUCUUAAUGACCACCCACCACAUGGAUGAAGCGGACAUCCUGGGUGACCGCAUUGCCAUCAUGGUCCAGGGGUCCCUGCGGUGCUGUGGCUCUUCAGUCUUCCUGAGAAAAACAUAUGGUGUGGGAUACCAUAUGGUCAUGGUGAAGGAACCUCACUGCAAUGUUGAAGAAAUCUCCUGCUUGAUUAAUAAUCAUAUACCAACAGCUACUUUGGAGAAGAAUGAUGUGUAUGAAUUAUCUUAUAUUCUGCCUAAAGAAUAUUCACACAGCUUUGAAGCUCUGUUUACUGAUCUGGAAAAGAGACAGAAAGACCUGGGCAUAGCUAACUUUGGUGCUUUCAUCACCACCAUGGAAGAAGUGUUCCUGAAGGUCAGUAGUAUGGAAUACUCACAAACAAGUAACCAAUCUAUCCACACUCAACCGCCCUCCCUCCUGAACAAAAUCUCAAUCACGAACCAGAAUAGGAAUAUGUCCAGAAAUGAGAGCGAUGUUUCGGCUGUCAUUGAAAGCUCUGCAGUUAUAUAUAACACCGGGUGUUCCCUCUUCCACCAGCAGUUCUGUGCCAUGUUCAUAAAGAGGGUGCUGUUCAACUGGCGCAACUGGAAUCUGAUUUUGCUACAGAUAUUGGCACUUCUAGGUUCCUUUGCCUUUCUCACAGAGGCUGAUAAAUUUUCACGGAGUAGACAUUAUGAGAAGGCCAGACAGAUGGAUCUGAGUCAAUAUGGUCAAACCAUUGUGCCUUUGUCUAUUUCUGGAAAUUCUAACAUCACUCUGAUUUUCUUACAACACCUUAAGAGUAUACUGGAGUCUGAAAAACAGUCACUUAGGGAAGUGCAAGGUGACCUGAUGAAAUACUUGAUGGAAAAUGAAGACUGCAUUCACUUAUGCAUUGUUGCAUUUUCCAUUGAGGAAAAGCAAAAUCAAAUCACGGUUACUGCGCUGUUCAACAACCAAGCAUAUCAUUCACCAGCUCUCAGCCUGGCCAUGGUAGACAGCGUCCUUUUCAAGGCAGUGUCUGGCCCUGAUGCCUCCUUAACAGUCUUUAAUAAACCUCAGCCACAUUUUUAUGAUAAAGAAUACCAUUUCCAGAAGACAAACGGAUUCCAGGUGGCCUUAAAUAUACAGUUUGGCAUGUCUGUUUUGGUCAGUGGCUAUUGUCUCCUGGCAGUGACUGAGAGAGUCUCUAAAGCAAAACACAUGCAGUUUGUGAGCGGGGUCCCUGUCCUUGUGUUCUGGCUCUCUGCUCUAUUGUGGGAUUUCAUCAUCUUCUUCAUUACCUGCUGCUUGCUACUGGGAGUGCUCAAAUUCUGCCAGUUGGACUUAUAUGUCACAGAUUACCAUUUUCUGGACACAAUGCUGAUCUUAAUGCUGUAUGGCUGGUCUGCCAUUCCCCUCAUGUACCUGCUGAGCUUUCUGUUUACUACAAGCUCUUCUGCCUACAUCAAGCUUGUCCUAUUCAACUACCUUUCAGGAAUCUUUGGUCUCCUCAUAGACCACAUGUUAGAAUUUGAAAUGCAACACAGAAUGUCACGUGCUACCAGAACCUUCAUGCUUAAUUUAUUACAGCUCUUUCCCAAUUACAACCUUGCGAAAUGCAUCUCUUAUUAUUUUGCUUUCUACCAGAAGAAGAGAUUGUGCUCCAUAAAACAAACUCCCAGCCAGUUAUAUUGUAAACAAACAAAUACUUCAAGGAAUAUUUACAGUUUCGAAAAGGAAAUGAUUGCAAAGUAUUUGGUUAUGAUGAGUACCACAGGCUUUGUUUUCCUUCUUUUGCUUUUGUUUUGGGAGACUACAUUGUGGAAGCUAAAAUUAAUUUUCAAUCAAUAUAUUUGCUUUGGUAUCUAUAGGAAAUUAAAGAAGCAAAAAGUGUCCUCAGAGUUAUCUGGAGACUCCAAAGAUGAAGAUGUGCAAAAUGAAAAAAAGAAAAUCCUGGGGCAGCCUCUGUUGAUGAUGAAUUCUGCAGUACUUAUUAAGGAACUCACAAAGAUAUAUUUUAAGUGCCCACCCAUUCUGGCUGUGAAAAAUAUCUCCGUUGAAGUCCAAAGAGGGACGUGUUUUGGGUUGCUUGGAUUCAAUGGAGCUGGAAAAACUACUACCUUCCAAAUUCUGACUGGAGAGCAGACUCUUACUUCUGGAGAGGUGUUUAUUGAUGGUUUCAGCAUCACCAAAAAUAUCCAAAAGGUGCAAUCAAGAGUUGGAUAUUGUCCCCAGUCUGAUGCCUUGCUGGAAUACAUGACUGGUCAGGAAACAAUGAUCAUGUAUGCUAGAUUACAGGGAGUCUCUGAGUCCCAGAUUCAGCCAUAUGUGAAAAAAUGGUUGAAUUCACUACAACUGGAGCCCCAUGCGGACAAGCUUAUCAGUACCUACAGUGGAGGAAGCAAACGUAGGCUGAGUACUGCUAUUGCCCUAAUGGGAAAGCGCUCAGUCGUUCUGUUGGAUGAGCCGUCAUCUAGCAUGGACCCCAAAGGCCAGCGCCUGCUGCAGGACACUGUGAAACUGGCAUGUGAAAGUGGCAAAGCUAUCAUUAUAUCGUCCCACAGAUUAGAGGAAUGUGACACCCUCUGUACCAGGUUGGCCAUCAUGGUGAAGGGAGAGUUCGUGUGCUUGGGCAGCCCUCAGUACCUCAAGAACAAGUUUGGCAGCGUUUAUAUCCUGAAGGUCCAGGUCAAGAUGGAUGCACCUGAGACUCUAUUAGACGAUGUAAAAUUUUUCAUCAGAAUCACGUUUCCAGGUAGUACAUUACAGCUGGAGAAUGAAAGGAUCCUUAACUACUACAUUCCCAGCAAGGACUUAAGCUGGGGAAAGGUGUUUGGUAUUUUAGAGGACGCGAAAGAGCAGUACAGUUUAGAAGACUAUUACAUCAGUCAGAUAACGCUGGAACAAGUCUUCCUGACUUUUGCCAUCUCAGAGGCCCCAGAUGAUAACGAGGAAAAGCACUAUGAGAUUUAGUUCCAACCGGUGAUCCUUAGGACAUCCUUCAGCUAAUCCCUCCUGCUCCUGGAGACAUCCAGGGGCAUUCCUGGGUGUGUAUAUAUCUUGGUGUAAAUAUAUUUGUGCAAUAAAGAGUUUCUCCAAAAGAAACAUUUCCCUUCU